AUGAAUGAUGAGAACGAGGCGUACAACUUGAGCGAUGGACCCUGCUACGUACUGGUGAUCCACAACCGCAGCUUCAAGCCUCCGAUGAGCUUUCGAGCUGGCAGCGAAAAGGACCUGAGCUUUGUGAAGGAUUUUUGCAAAACCUAUCGCACAAAUUCGCUGGAUAUUUGUGAAAAUUAUUCACUGCUGCGCUUGGAGGACAAAAUGAAGAAAAUUUCCAUAAAGGAUUUCACUAGGUAUUCAAGCCUUUUGGUGAUUAUUAUGAGCCACGGUGACAUCGAUGACCACAUUCAUGCUUACGAUGGAUUGUUUGAUCUGGAGCCAGAUAUUGUGGAUCCAAUAGUGAAAAACUGCACCCUCAAAGAAAAGCCAAUUUUGUUUUUUAUUCAAGCUUGCAGAGGAAAUGAUAUAAUGGAUUCGGAUGCUGCCAGAAUUGUACAAAAAAACAAAGCAAAUAUUAUCAAGUGUUACAGUACUUAUGAAGGAACCAUUUCAUUCAGAGACUCCGAAAGAGGAACUUAUUUCAUUCAGAUAUUACUAUCACUCAUCAAAGAACACGAAGACAAAGAUUUGACGGAGAUUAUGGAUCUGAUUCGACGGUGCUUCUACAGGGCAAAGUAA